GCGCCGCGCGCCGUAGGUACAGGAAGUGGGAUCAAAACAAAGGAGCGCCGGCUGGAAGCGGACCUCCUGGAGCCGGUGUCUGCUGCUUCGCCCCCGGCCCACUCCACGAAAGCCGCACAACCGUGGCCAACAUGGAGAAACACCUGUUCAACCUGAAGUUCGCGGCCAAAGAACUGAACAGGAGUGCCAAAAAAUGCGACAAGGAGGAAAAGGCCGAAAAGGCCAAAAUUAAAAAGGCCAUUCAGAAGGGCAACAUGGAAGUUGCGAGGAUACACGCCGAAAAUGCCAUCCGCCAGAAGAACCAAGGGGUGAAUUUCUUGAGAAUGAGUGCGCGGGUGGAUGCGGUGGCUGCCCGAGUCCAGACCGCGGUGACGAUGGGCAAAGUGACCAAGUCCAUGGCCGGUGUGGUUAAGUCGAUGGAUGCGACGUUGAAGACCAUGAAUCUGGAGAAGAUCUCUGCUUUGAUGGACAAAUUCGAGCACCAGUUUGAGACCCUGGACGUCCAGACGCAGCAAAUGGAAGACACGAUGAGCAGUACGACGACGCUGACCACUCCCCAGAACCAGGUGGAUAUGCUGCUCCAGGAAAUGGCUGAUGAGGCGGGCCUCGACCUCAACAUGGAGCUGCCGCAGGGCCAGACCGGUUCCGUGGGAAUGAGCGUGGCUUCGGCUGAGCAGGAUGAACUGUCCCAGAGACUGGCCCGCCUUCGUGAUCAAGUCUGACUGCAGAAGCUCUCCGAGGUUUACUUUUGACGCGCUCUCUGCGUUUUAGAGAGGUGCCCUAGAAUUGUGCCAGAAUACCGACCACUCUUCCUUCUAAAAACCUUUGGGUUUACAACCUUCUCCAGAUAGGAUAAGGAAUUCCAGUUUUCCUCCACCUCUAACUGGAUUUUAAAGUUCUUUAUAGCUUAUGAUGGUGUGUAUUUUUUUAUAGCUGCUUUUUAACGGAACCGGUUAAUUUGCUGUAUAUGAAUCUAGAAAAAUCGGCAGAACUCUAGUCCUCAUGUAUUCCGUUUUCACUUAGAAUCAUCAGAUUGAAGUUUAUUUUUAGUGUGGUUGAUGAUACAUAGACUACUGACAAGUGGUACAAAAAAUUAAAUGAGGAAUGAGUACUUUACUUACAAGUUUGUAAACACUUUGUUCAACUUAUUCGGUGGGAAAUACUCUUUCUGUAUAUCAUUUGGUUUUCUUUGUUUUUUUUCUAUCAAAGAAAGACUAUAAUUGACUAUUAAUUUAUUCUCAUAACUUAUACUAAAGUUACCGUAGAAGAUUUUUGAAAAUACUCGUUUUGCAUCCUGUUAGUUCAUAUAAUAAUGGAGUUUGUAUAACUGGGAAAAAAUACCACAUAAUUUAUUACCAGGAAAAAUUAAAAUUUGUUCAUUUAUAUUCUAA